AUGGAUUCCAAUAAUGUUUUGGACCAACAAUUUGAGUCUGAAUUUUAUAAUGAUUUUACAUCUCAUAAUCAUCAACAACAAAAUGAUUACUCUAUAACUCCUGAUUCAAAUAAUAAUAAUAAUAUUAAUAACCUUAAUAAUAAUAAUAAUCAACAACAACAAGAUCUACUAUCUUCAAAUCUAAAAGAUAUUAAUGAUGAAUAUUCUCAAUUAUAUCCACAAUUUAAUUCAAAUAAUGAAACAACAACUUUUCAAAUAAAUGAUAUAGAUUUUGAUUUUAAUUUACAACAACCACCUCAACAACAAAAAGAAGAUGAAAUGGAAGUUGAUGAUUCCCCACCUUUUACAAUAGAACUGGAUUUAUAUUUUGAUCAAGGUUUAGAUAAUAAUUCAAUAAUAACAAGUAAUAAUAAUAAUAAUAAUCAUCAAAAAGAAAAUGAUUCAUUUAAAAAUAGAUUAUCAAUAAUAAGUCAUGGGAAUAUAAGUAAUCAUCAUAAUUCACUGUUAAGAAGUCCUGCUCAUAAUGAAAGUCCUUAUAAUGAAAAUUCAAGAGUUUCUUCAUAUCAAAAUGUACAACAUGCAAUGGAAAAUAGUGUUUUUGGUAGAACUUAUUUUGAUAAUAAUAAUGUAGAACAACAAUUUGUUGGAAAUAGAGUUCGUAAUGGAUCAAUAGAUUCUUAUUAUGCAGCAAAUGCAAUAAAUCAAGCUCAUUUACAACAUAAAUUUAAUGAAUUAUCACCAUUAACAACUACAACAUCAAAUACUCAUUCUAUAUCAUCAAAUCAAUCUGCACAACCAUCAUUUUUUUCUGCACAACAAUAUCUUUCAAGAAAUUCUAUUGAUCAACCACGUCCUUCACAAGAUCUUUAUGGACGACCUUCUAUUGAUAGUCAACAAUCUCAACAACAAAGAAGAUAUAUUAGUUUUACAAAUUCAAUAAGUAAUAUUUUACCAUUUAUGGGUGAUAAGAAUCAACAAAGAUCACCACCAACUCCAGUACCACAAUCUUUAUUUGGAAAUCAACAACAACAACAACAACAACAACAACAGCCACCACAAAAACAUCUAAUCAAGUCAAUUUUCAAGUCUCAACAAUCACAACCAGAAAUGGAAGAUACAAAUAUGUUAACAGAUUCAUUUUUAUUAAUGAGUCCCACAAAGGAAGAACCAGAAGAAGAAACUCCAAAAAAAACAAAAUCAACUAAAAGAAGUUUAUUCACAAGAUUUAAAACAAAUAAAGAAGAAGAAGAACAACCACAACUACAACCAAUAGAACCAACUCAAGAAUCAAGUGAAUCAUCUAUAAUGACAGGUAGUCAUAAUUUAGAACAUUCCACUUCAGAUUCUUCACAAACUAUUGCAACAACAGAACCAGAUUAUGCAGCAUUAUUUGAAAAUGUAGGGAAAAGAAAACCAACUAAUCGAAAAAAGAUUAAAGAAGAACCAAAAGAACCACAAUCAUUAUUUUUUAACAAGAAUAAAAAACCUACAACUAGUUCACAAAAUUCAAUAGGUGAUGGAGCAAGUGCUAAUAAUGAAAGCAUAUCAUCAUCAAAUGCAUCAAUAAUACAAAAAACUUCAACAAAUGAAAGUGGUGAAUCAUCAGCAUCAACUCCUCAACCAACAACCAUUUCAAAAAGAAUUUUGGGGUCCAAAAUAAUGCCCAAAAGUAAUAAACCUAAAAAAACCAUUAUCAAGAAGGAAAAAAUUAUUGAUGAAGUUCCCAUUAUAGCAUCAUUAGAUACCCCUGUCGCUACAAUGAUUUCAGAAGGUGUUGAAGUUCAAGUUGAUCUUGCUUCAUUAGAUUUACCACCAGAUACAAAAAUUUUUCCUACAUCAAUUAUAAAUUCUAAAAAUAGAACUCGUGGAAGAAAAGAAAAUAAAGAAGCAGAUUUAAAUGAUGAAAGUAAAAUAUAUUUAUGUAAUUAUUGUUCAAGAAGAUUUAAACGUCAUGAACAUUUAAAACGUCACUUUAGAUCAUUACAUACUUUUGAAAAACCUUAUGAUUGUUCAAUAUGUAAUAAAAAAUUUUCAAGAUCAGAUAAUUUAAAUCAACAUUUAAAAAUUCAUAAAUUAGAAGAAGAAGAAGCUGCUAAUAAUAUAAAAAUGGAAACUGAUUAG